UCUAAAGCAGUUAAACGAGAACUAAGCAAUCGAUUAAAUAGUAAACAUCAGAACUGAUAUAAUGAAAACGUUUCUAUUUCUAAUUGGAAUCAUUACAGCAGUUUGUGUAGUCUCAGCUACCACAAAUACUGACUCUGCCAAACGCUACGAGAACUAUCAAGUUUUCAAAAUAAAAUUACAAAAUGAUCUACAGCGUAAGAUCGUCAAGGAAUUAUUGAAAAACUCGAAACAUUACGAUUUAUGGCAUAGUUCCGGCACUGAAGUGCACAUAAUGAUAAGCCCAAAUGUGAUACAACAAUUUAUGCGCCUAGUCAAGCUUUGGGGCAUUACGACCGAAAAAAUUGUGUCGAAUGUCCAAAGUCUUAUAAAUGCUGAAAUAAAUGACAACAUUCAAAAAAUUGAUGACACAGUUACACUGGAUUGGACGCGUUACUAUCCACUAGCUGACAUUGAAUGUUGGCUUGAUGAAGUUCUAAAAACUUAUCCUCUCAUCACUGAGCGUUUCACUGUAGGCAAAUCAUAUGAAGGUCGCACCAUAAAUGGUAUUAAGAUUUCCUACAAAGCAGGAAAUCCGGGCAUCUUCAUUGAAUCUAAUAUACAUGCACGCGAAUGGAUUACCUCUGCUACUGCCACUUGGUUCAUCAACGAACUACUAACAUCUACAAAAGCUGAAGUACGUCAAUUAGCCGAAAAUUAUGAUUGGUAUAUUGUGCCCGUGCUAAAUGUGGAUGGCUUUGUUUACACGCACGAAAAGGACCGCUUAUGGCGCAAAACAAGACAACCCGUUUCAACUUCAACUUGUAUUGGCGCUGACCCUAAUCGCAAUUUUGAUUCACAUUGGAUGGAAAACGGAGGUGCUUCUGAUGAUCCAUGUGCUUCUGACUAUGCUGGACCCUACCCAUUCUCUGAACCAGAGAUUAAGGGCUUAACUGAUUUCAUUUCGGGCAUCAAGUCUAAAAUAAAUAUACUUUUAGCUUUUCAUUCAUAUAGUCAAGUUUUGCUAUCACCUUAUGGUCACUCAGAAGAAGAGUUGCCACCCAAUUACGAUGACUUAAUGUCCGUAGCGAAGGCAUAUGUAGAUGCUGUUGCAGGCACGUCAUAUGCUACUAAUUAUGAAUACGGUACUUCGGCAGGUGUAUUAUAUACUGCAUCUGGUACAACAAUCGAUUGGGCCUAUAACGAACAAGACAUUAAACUUACCUACACUAUUGAGUUUCGCGAUUUAGGGCGCUACGGCUUUGUACUGCCGCCGGUGAAUAUAAUACCAAAUGCUGAGGAAACACUAAAUGGCAUAUUAGCACUUGUGAAAAGAGCAACAGAAUUGGAAUAUCUUAAUACUAAAUAUUAACUUAUUUUAAUUCUUGAGAUAUUUAACUUUAAUAAAA